UUAAGAACGGAGUUCUUCUUUGAAAUUCCGAAGCAUAUUGGCAAUGGCAAAAUUGCAUGUUUGCCCUUCAUUUAUUUUUCGAAUAAAAAGCAGGUAACUGUUAACCGCUUCUUCAAAUGGAUAAAGAUGGCAGUCGAUGUGCUUCUUUGUUUGGCCCAUUAUGAAUAUACAAGUGCAUGUCUGAUGUCUCAUGCUUGUUGUGUGUAUUCCCACUUCAGCGCAUACAUGCAAAACAGCAUAAAUGUCAGAGCGAGUAUUUGUUUUUAUAUAAACGAAACGAUGGUGAAAUCGUGACAUUCAUUUUUGCAAUUCAAAAAAGUUUUCGUAUGUUCUAAGCGGGAAUUUCGACAGAGUGUGCAAAAUCGCCGGUUGACAGAAACAACAGAGACGAUCAGUAGAAGAGAGUUGUGAGAAAUCAAAAGUGUCAAUUACGAAAUAUCCAUUUCACUAAUUGUUCAACAUUGACAAAAGCGCGAGUAAUUUCUGAGCUGUAUCGUAAAUCAUCCCGAAACACAGUCAACAUAUUCAAUUUUCCAAUUGCUGAGAGCUGAGAUUAGAGAACGAGAGGAAGAAAAAAUAAAACACAGAGAAAAUGACGUGGGAACCGCAACCAGAAGGUUUGCAACAGAUUAUAACAAUAUUGAAGGAAUCGCAAUCGCCAGACACUGCUACGCAGCGAGCCGUUCAAUUGAAAUUGGAAGAGCUGAAUCGAUAUCCGGAUUUUAAUAACUAUCUCAUUUAUGUGCUGGUGCGAUUGAAAUCAGAAGAUGAACCCACACGAUCGCUAAGUGGGUUGAUACUGAAAAACAAUAUUCGACUGCAUGGCAGCACAUUGCAACCGGAGAUUGUUGAGUAUAUUAAGCAGGAAUGUUUGAUGGCAGUUGGCGAUCCGUCGCCAUUGAUUCGGGCCACCGUCGGUAUUCUAAUCACAACGAUUGCCAGCAAAGGUGGUCUCAACAGUUGGCCACAAUUGCUGCCGUCACUGUGCGAAAUGCUCGACUCACAAGACUACAAUGUGUGCGAAGGUGCUUUUGGUGCGCUGCAAAAAAUCUGCGAAGAUUCCACCGAGGCAUUGGACAGCGAAGCACUCAAUAGACCAUUGAAUAUCAUGAUACCAAAAUUUCUACAAUUUUUCAAACACUCCAGCCCAAAAAUUCGAUCACAUGCUAUCGCCUGCAUCAAUCAGUUCAUCAUAAAUCGAACGGCCGUUCUAAUGCUGCACAUAGACACAUUCAUCGAGAAUCUGUUCCAAUUGUCAACAGACGAGGAUCAUGAGGUGCGGAAAAAUGUGUGUCGUGGUUUUGUGAUGCUGCUAGAAGUACGAAUGGAUUGUCUAUUGCCAAUUAUGAACCAGAUCAUUGAGUAUAUGCUUUUGCGAACGCAAGACCAAGACGAAAGCGUUGCAUUGGAAGCAUCAGAGUUCUGGUUAACCUUAGCAGAUCAAUCAAUUUGCAAAGAAGUAUUGGCCCCGCAUCUAGCCAAAUUGGCGCCAAUUUUGGUGAACGGAAUGCGGUACUCAGAAAUCGACAUCAUUCUACUGAAGGGUGAUGUUGAAGAUGAUGCAAUGAUACCCGAUCGAGAGGAAGACAUAAAACCGCGGUUCCACAAGUCGAGGACGCAUACAGUGAAACAGGAGAUCGAUGGGCAAGAUCAUGAUGAGGACAGUGAUGACGAUGAUGAUGGCCUAGACGAUGACAACUCGUUAUCCGAAUGGAAUCUGCGUAAAUGUAGUGCGGCCGCAUUGGAUGUGCUGGCCAAUGUAUUCCGAGAGGAGUGUUUGCCCAUUGUGUUGCCCAUCCUAAAAGAUACACUGUUCCAUCCGACAUGGGAGAUUAAGGAGAGCGGCAUUUUGGCCCUUGGUGCCAUUGCCGAAGGCUGUAUGUCUGGCAUGAUUCCACAUUUGCCCGAACUGAUACCGUACUUGAUUCAAUGCUUGUCGGAUAAAAAGGCUCUAGUCAGAUCGAUAACAUGUUGGACACUGUCACGAUAUGCCCAUUGGGUGGUCACACAGCCGCACGAACAGUACUUGAAACCAUUGAUGGAAGAGCUAUUGAAACGGAUUCUCGAUGCCAAUAAGCGUGUGCAAGAGGCGGCCUGCUCCGCAUUUGCCACAUUGGAAGAGGAAGCGUGCACGGAACUUGUUCCUUACUUAGGUUACAUUCUAAAGACAUUGGUAUUUGCAUUCUCCAAAUACCAGCAUAAAAAUCUAUUGAUUCUGUACGACGCCGUCGGAACACUGGCCGAUUCAGUGGGCCAUCAUCUAAACAAGCCAGAGUACAUAAAUAUUCUGAUGCCGCCGCUUAUUGAAAAAUGGAAUCUGCUGCAGGACGAUGACAAAGAUCUGUUCCCAUUGUUGGAAUGUCUGUCGAGCAUUGCAACGGCGCUACAAUCGGGAUUUUUACCAUACUGUGAACCAGUCUAUCGUCGAUGCAUUUCGCUCAUUCAACAAACGAUAAACCAACAAGAGCUAGCAAACAGUUCGAAUCCGACCCAAUACGAACAACCUGACAAAGAACGUAUGAUUGUUGCACUCGAUCUACUGUCCGGCUUAGCUGAAGGCUUAGACGUUCACAUCGAAUCGCUGGUUGUGAAUAGCAACAUUAUGCAAUUGCUAUAUCAAUGUAUGCAGGAUUGUAUGCCAGAGGUGCGUCAAUCGUCAUUCGCACUGCUUGGAGAUUUGACAAAGGCAUGUUUUCAACACGUAAUGCCAUACAUGCAGGACUUCUUUCCGAUUCUCGGUCAAAAUCUAAAUCCAGACUUCAUAUCUGUGUGCAAUAAUGCAACGUGGGCAAUCGGAGAAAUUGCGAUGAAAUUGGGUGAGGGAACAAGGCCGUAUAUUCCACUGGUGCUAAGAGAGUUAAUUGUCAUAAUCAACCGACCUAACACAACAAAAACAUUACUGGAAAAUACAGCUAUAACAAUCGGUCGUCUAGGUUAUGUGUGUCCUGUUGAAGUGGCUCCUUACUUACAAGAUUUCGUACGACAGUGGUGCACCUCGUUGCGUCAUAUACGUGACAAUGACGAAAAGGACUCGGCGUUUAGAGGCAUGUGUAACAUGAUAACAGUAAAUCCCGUUGGUGUGGUGCCCGAUUUUAUAUUUUUCUGUGACGCAAUUGCAUCGUGGGUGAAUCCACCGAGUGAUCUGCACGCAAUGAUCCAGAAAAUUUUGCAUGGCUUCAAAACACAAGUGGGCGAUGAAAAUUGGCGACGCUUUGUCGAUCAAUUCCCGCCAAAUCUGUCAGAGCGUAUGGUGACUAUGUACGACAUCUAAAGCGGACACCGUCCGGAGGAUUAAGAGCAAACAAGCAGCCAAUAUCGCACCAAAUACACACACAUAAACACACAACACAGACGAGAGAUACAGUAAACCUAUGGAAAUAUGAGCGUAAAUAUGUGUAUGCAUUUUCCUUAAGUGAAACUCUUUACACAAAUUCCAUCAAAUACCCCAUUUUAACCACAUACACAAAGAAAUUCACGGAAUAACAAAAACAACCAGCAACAACCAACAGCAAACAGAGAAAUAAGAAAAUACGAGAGAAAUAGCGAGUGGCAGGUUUUAUGUAAAUUUACGAAGAAUGGAAGAGAGUGAGAGUGCGAAUGAGAGAGCGACAUUUUAAGGACUUUAACGAAAUGAUUAACACAAAAUCAUGCAAAACAGGCUACAAUUACCAAUGGAAUCACAAACAUUUCAAACACUCACUGAUUUACGAAUUAAACCACAAACAAAUAGGUCGCAUCAUUUCAAAAUAAAAUUGCCACAAAUUUUAAAGAGAACCAUCGUAAAGAAAGAAUACGAGCAACAACAAAAAAACCAUCAAAAUCUCAGAAAAAAAAUUCAUUAUUUGUUUCUAUCAUUUUAACUUAUAUAAAAAAAAAGUAGAACAAUGCAAUUGCACAUCCUUUUUUCACUUCCAAAACAAAGAGAAAGAAAGAAGAUGAGAAAACAAAAUGUACCAAAUUUGAUAAACAAAUAUUUCGAACUGUUUUUUUCUUUUAAUUUUUAAACGAACUAGCGCCCGUUAUUCAAAUUGUCAAUAAUAUUUUUUUUAAGUAUUUACCUUUGAUUUCUUUGUUAAAAAGAAACAUACACACACACACACACCUAUACAUUUCUAUGGUUGGAAAAAUAAAAGUAAAACGGAUCACAUUUCACGAAUUGAGAAGUAGUUGAACAUUUCAUUGGAAUAUGUAGAGAAAAAAAAGAGAAUAAAAGAUGUAACAAAAACACAAACGAAAUUUAACGCUAACAACAAA